AUGGGGGACGCAGCGAUGAACGUCGCAGCGUCCGGUGGCGGCGGCGGCGCCGGCGGCAGCGGCGGCAGCGGUCAACGUAUCGUCAAAGAAGGCUGGCUCCAGAAACGCGGUGAGCACAUUAAGAAUUGGAGGUCAAGAUAUUUUGUCUUGCGAGAUGACGGUACACUGGUAGGAUUCAAGGCAAAACCUGAUCAACAAAUGGCUACAUCCGCACAGCCAUUGAAUAACUUCACAGUGCGUGGGUGCCAAAUAAUGUCAGUGGAUAGACCUAAGCCGUAUACUUUUGUUAUCAGAGGCCUGCAGUGGACAACAGUAAUUGAAAGGACAUUUCAUGUGGAAACUGAACAGGAAAGGGAAGACUGGGUGGCAGCAAUCAGAUAUGUAGCAGAUAGAUUAGCAAAUGAAGAACAUCAGCAGCAAGAACAACCACAAAUGCAACAAUCUUCCUCUUCGGAAGAUGUUGAUAUGGAAUCAUCAAUAGGUACUAGGUCUGAUUCCUGCACUUCUUUAGGUGUUGUAUCUACAGAUAUAGACGGUGGUAGUAUCGAUGAAUUAUCAGCAAAAUUCAGUGUACAAGGAACUUCAAGUAGUAAAAGUUCUGGUAAAAAGAAAGUAACACUCGAGAAUUUCGAAUUUUUAAAAGUUUUGGGGAAAGGUACGUUCGGGAAGGUAAUUCUAUGUAGAGAAAAAGCAACAGGGCAUUUAUACGCUAUCAAAAUCUUGAGAAAAGAAGUUAUUAUUCGUAAAGAUGAAGUGGCGCACACACUUACUGAAAAUAGAGUAUUACGUACUACGAGUCAUCCUUUUUUAAUUUCCUUGAAAUAUAGUUUUCAAACAGCGGAUAGGCUGUGUUUUGUUAUGGAAUAUGUAAAUGGUGGCGAGCUAUUUUUUCACUUGAGUCGGUCGCGAGUGUUUGGCGAAGACCGUACUCGAUUUUAUGGUGCAGAAAUUAUAUCGGCCCUUGGUUAUUUGCACUCGCAAGGCAUUAUAUACCGUGAUCUCAAAUUGGAAAAUCUCCUUCUGGAUAAAGACGGACAUAUAAAAAUUGCUGACUUUGGUUUAUGUAAAGAAGACAUUACAUAUGGAAGAACAACAAAGACCUUUUGUGGAACCCCAGAGUAUUUGGCACCAGAAGUACUCGAGGAUAAUGAUUACGGGCGAGCUGUAGAUUGGUGGGGUGUGGGUGUAGUCAUGUAUGAAAUGAUGUGUGGCCGAUUACCUUUUUACAACAGAGAUCAUGAAAAGCUGUUUACGCUUAUUUUAUUGGAAGAAGUAAGGUUUCCUAGAACGAUUAGCAACGAAGCAAGGGAUAUGCUCGGUGGUUUGUUAAUAAAGGACCCAAGUAGAAGAUUAGGCGGUGGACCUAACGAUGCGAAGGAUAUCAUGAACCACGCGUUCUUCUCGUGUAUCAAUUGGACGGACCUCGUUCAGAAGAAGAUUCCUCCUCCUUUUAAGCCGCAAGUGACUUCUGAUAUUGACACUCGAUAUUUUGAUAGUGAAUUUACCGGCGAAAGUGUUGAACUUACACCUCCAGAUCAAGGCUGUUUAGGUAGUGGAGGAGGUCUGAAUUCUAUAGCAGAAGAACAAGAACAUUUCCCCCAGUUUUCAUACCAAGACAGUCACUCUGCGGCAACUUCUUCCAUUGUUUCUAUUAAUCACUGACAGUGUCAAGUGUCUCGCUUAAUUAAUAUAACGAGAUGUGUGGUUUUCAAUGCAUGAAAAAUCUCAAACAGAAACAUCUGAUUACAAUAUGUAUCCGACGAUUGUCUGCGAAGCUUAAAGCUUUCCCAAUAGGCAGAUGAAUCAAAUUAUCUUUCUUUAUGAUGCUUUUUUUUAACGCAUCCUAUGAGAUCGUCACACAUAUCUCCAACGGCGAAUUAGAUUUAUGCGUAUAAGUGUGCGCGCGCAUAUAACACCUAUACACAUAACUAUUCAUUAAAAUUAUAUAUGGCAAAAUGUAUACUGUAAGAUUAGAUCGAUAUAGUACGAUUAAUACUUGCUGCAUAAGCUUGAAGGAUUACGACAGGGAUUAAAUUACGUUCUCAAUUGAAUCAAGUUAACUAAAGCUCCUUGAGACACGUAUUGUGAAUAUUGAACAGUUUUCUCGUCUUAAAGGAACGUGUGGUAAUAAGUAUAAUCUUGUGUUUAACAAAACCAACGCUUGACACUUUCCAAAUUUGCUGUCACUGUUUAUUAUCUUAUUAUCUGUUUAUUAUCUUAUUUAUGAAGAGGCAGUUCUUGAUCCUUUUUAAUCCGGUAGAUGACUUACGGCAGAUGCCAAAGUAGAAAAUUAAAAAUGGCAAAAGGCCAAUAAAGAAGAACAAGAAGGAAGUGGUUUAUCUAUUGUGAAAGUAGAAUUGUAGAAAAAAAUCAGCUUUAAUUGAACGAAUUGUAUAAAUUCGGAAGAUCACUUUUUUAGCCUUAUAAAGUUAUUAUUAUGACUGGCAAUAAUUGGAGAUGUGCGAGUAUUCGAAACUAGCGGAAUGUGCGAGUCGUAUCGAGUUCGGCAUACUUGUUCGAAAUGUUCGUCUAUUUUUGGAAUUAUUUGCAAAGAGGAAAUCGUUUGGAGGAAGCUCAUGGCUUGAAAUAUUUUCCGCCUAUUCUAUAAGAAUUUCCCUCUAAGAGAUAUCUAUUGGGAUAGUUCUUUAAUCGUGAUAAGUAGCAAAAGGCGAAAAAUGAGGCGAAAUACAAUAUUGUGCGCGAAUAAUUCGUUGAUUUAUCAUGAAAACGAAAUUGUUGCCAGAUAGUAUAGUUAUUGGUACAAAAUCAUUUGUGCAUAAUUGUGAUUAAAGUGCUUAGCAUAUAUAAUCAUUCUUUAAUGCGAGUAAUAUUGUUACACUUGAAUGCGAAUACGAAAAUAUAAAAUAAUCAUACAGUCA